GGCGGGGCGGGGGCAGGGGGGCGCUCGGUACGCGCAGGGCGGCCGGAGCAGCAUGGCGGAAGACGAAAGCGACCAGGAGUCGGAGCGGCUCAGCGAGGAGCUGGAGGCCCUGGCGGCGCCAGGUCCGCCUGCCGGCCUGCCGGCCCUGCUCCACAGCCAGUAUUACUGCCGCCGCUUCUGCCAGGUUGUUGAAGACUAUGCUGGAAGAUGGCAGGUUCCUCUGCCUCAGCUUCAGGUGCUUCAGACAGCUCUCUGUUGUUUCACAUCUGCCUGUGUAUCAUUCCCAGCUGAAUGUGAGCACGUACAAUACGUAUUGAGUAGCCUAGCUUUGAGUUUUUUUGAAUUGCUGCUGUUCUUUGGAAAAGAUGAGUUCUAUGAAGAUCCUUUGAAAGAUAUUUUAGGUUCAAUCCAGGAAUGUCAGAACCUUCUAAAUAAAUACAGAAAUAUAAACCUGGAAUUAGUGACUCGAAUAAUUCGAGAUGGUGGACCUUGGGAGGACCCGAUAUUACAAGCCAUUCUUAAAGCAAAGCCUGUAUCACAGGAGUUAGUUAACAAAUAUUUAAGCUCUGAAAAUCCACUGUUCUUUGAACUGCGUGCCAGAUACCUUAUUGCCUGUGAACGCAUCCCUGAGGCAAUGGCUCUUAUCAAAUCUUGCAUAAAUCAUCCAGAUAUCAGUAAAGAUCUGUAUUUCCAUCAAGCUCUUUUCACCUGUCUUUAUAUGUCACCAUUAGAAGAUCAGCUAUUCCAGGAGCACUUGUUGAGGACUGAUUGCAAGAGUGGAAUUGAGAUCAUCUGCAACACCGAAAAAGAAGGGAAGACUACCUUAGCCUUACAACUAUGUGAAUCGUUCCUAGUCCCACAGCUCCAAAAUGGGGACAUGUAUUGUAUAUGGGACCUGAUCUUCAUUUGGAGUAAACUGCAGCUUAAAUCUAACCCCUCAAAACAAGUAUUUGUUGACCAGUGCUACCAACUUUUAAGGAUUGCUACAAAUGUCAGAGUAAUUUUCCCUUUCAUGAAAGUCAUUAAGGAUGAAGUCGGUGAGGAUGGUCUUCAGAUAUGUGUUGAGAUAUGUGGAUGUGCCCUACAGUUGGACCUCCGUGAAGAUCCCACUAUGAAAAGUCUUAUUUACAAAACAAUUGCUCACUUUCUGCCGAAUGACUUGGAGAUCCUCAGAAUUUGUGCGCUUUCGAUCUUUUUUCUUGAGCGCACUUUGGAAUCUUACUACACUGUUGAACAUUUAUAUAAAUGUGCAGAUGAAGAAUAUAAUGAAUGCACUAGUUCUGUUCAAAACCGUGUACGUUUUGAAUUGCUUCCUAUUUUGAAAAAAGGUUUGUUUUUUGAUCCUGAGUUUUGGAAUUUCUUGAUGAUCAAGCAGAACUGUUUAGCAUUACUGGAGGAUAAAGCUUUUGCUGGCUUAAGUGAAACUACACUGGAAAACUCUACUGCAAAUGUAGAGAAGAUAACAGAGUAUAGGGCUAUGAGUGAGGAACGUGUCUGUUCAACAGAUGUAAACAAUGGGGAGCUUGACCCUGAAGACCUCUCUGAAGCCCAGUCCAAAAGUAAUGCCAAAAAGAACCAUGAAGCUCUUGAAGCAUCUAAAAUGUUAGAUAAUACUGUACCAAGGCACCGCUGUGUGAUAUGCAACAAGGAAUUCUUUGGUGAUCACAUUGUGAAACAUGCACAAGCUCACCAGAAAAAGGGCAGUUUUUCCUGUGUACUUUGCAACAGAAAAUUCAGGCAAAAAGGACUUAUGCUAAAGCACUUAAGGAAUCAUGUCAGAAAGAUAGAAAGGCAACAUCUUGCUGCAGUUCUUGAGGCCAGUAAGCAGGCUCCGGUUUGUAAUGAACUAGAACGUUUUGAUGUUUGUCCCUCUCUUGAAAAUGGGAGUUCUGUUGGUUCUAAAGAGGAUGAACGAGAGAUUGCAGUAGUUUCAAGUGCAGACAUAGGACAGGAGAAGGCUGAACAGAUAUUCAAUGCAGUGGAAAACCAUCUAAGUGACCAGGAUGAUGUUACUGAAAAUAGUAGUUGUGACAGCUGCUUUAAUAAUGCUCCUGAUGCUUUAAGUACAGAAAGCUUGCCUGAAGAUGAUGAGAACUCCAGUAAAGAGUCACCUAUUUUGCAUAAAGUGAAUGGAGCUUUCUCUCCUCAAAAAUAUUAUGAUGCUAUGGAUCAAGAAGGAAGCUUGAAGUGCCCUGCUAAUGGUUGUGCUAGAGUGUUUAAAAAGAUCCGGUUUCUCAAUAAACAUGCAAGAAAAGCUCAUCCAACUGAUUUGAAGGUUCAGCAACAUAUAAUGAAAUGGAAUAAAGGAAAAUGUCGGUUCUGUCAGAGAAAAUUUGCCGAUUCCCAACAUUUUAUAGACCACCUGAAGAGACAUGUGUAUCCAAACGUUUACUUUUGUUUACACUUCAAUUGUAAUCAGAGAUUUAAGCUGUCGACUGAGCUAGCAGAGCAUACAAAAAGUCAUAAUGUUUUUAAAGCUCAGUGCAAUUUUGCAGAGUGCUGUGAGCUAUUUGAGGAGCUCCCUUUGCUGUAUGAACAUGAGGCUCAGCAUUACUUAAGUAAAACAUCAGAAUGUUCAGAAGAUGCCAGUGAAAAGGAUUCUUCAGAUGACCCUUCAGAACUUGGUAGUUGCCACGAUGACGAUGAAUCUGUUAAUGAAAAUGAAACUGUAGAUCUACCAAUUCCAACUUGGAAAUCAAGGAAGGAUUCUACAGAACCAAAGACAUAUAUUCAAAGUAUUGAGAAGAAAGCAAAUAAUGUAAUGCAGAAUGGAAAUGAAAGUUCAUCUGAGGGCACUGCAACGGUUUUGAUAGACCAAAAGACACCUGUAUUACAGCCAAAUUCUGAAAACUGUAGUGUUAGUGACCAACUGGUCAAUGGGCACAGUGACCCAAAUCAAACACCAUCAAAGUCAUCAGAAACACCUUUGGACAGAGUGGUAGAUGAAACAAGGACAGAGAAUGGGUCGGUGUUAUCAGUUCUACAGAAUUCUCACGAUAUGCCACAGAAUAAUGCUGCUGCCUCGCAACUACCUUCUAAACCAAAUCAGACAACAGAAAACACUUCAUAUGGUGUCAUCUUAACAAAACCAUAUGUUAGACCCUUGCCUCCAAGUUAUCUUGAUGAACGAUACAUUAGCAUGCCAAAACGUAGAAAAAUGUUGACUGAUAAAGUAGAUGCUCAUUCAGAACAAGAUAAAUGUUGUAGUAAAACAACAGAAAGAUUUAGAUGUGGCAACUGCUUGACCAUCUACUGUAAUUCAGAAGCACUUGAGGCUCAUCUUGCACAAAAGAAAUGUCAGACGCUCUUUGGAUUCGACUCAGAUGAUGAAAGUGCCUGAGAUUCAACGUUGUGGGAAAAUGUAUCAAAUGAGCAGUGGUGUAAGAAAACACUACAUGAAGAAGCAGGAGUUUGUUUCCCAGUUGGCCUUAAAUCAUAAAGCAUUCUCAAAUUACUAGAGAAAACAUGACCUUGAUAAAGACAAAGCACAUUUUCUAGACAGAACUCACAGAGGAAUUAUGGGCGCUCCGCAGCUUUUGAAUCCAGAAAGGUUACUACAAAAUCCCCGAAGUACCAGUUAUCCAAAAAGCCACAUCCAUUCCAAAUACGUGAUUGAAGCUUAGCAGCAUGGUCUUUCUAGCACAAAGGUCUAAGGAAAACAUUGCAUACAGCUGGACAGGCAGAGAAAGCAGAGGCAUUAAUUGCCUUAUAGAAAUAAAAACAGCUGGUUCUGUAAGCUGCUUUAGUUAUGAAAUACGGUUAGAAGCUCUUCAUCCACUCAGCUUUGAAGUCGUUCAAGAAUGUGUCACUUUAUGAUGAAGUGUAUAAGAAGCGUACAGAGGAACUAAAUGUUCUUUUUUCAGAGUUUGAGUAUGUGAUUCUAUUAUCUGCUAAAAGGUGUGGAGCUUAUUUAAUAAACUAGUACUUGGAAUCCAAAAAGAG